UCAGAUUUUUUGGUUUUGUUUAUGCAAAUAGUUCAUUCCCUCAUUCCUCCGGGAAUGAUCCCACUCCACCUCCCCAAUCAGCCCUCCCCUUCCCCGUUCUGCAGGGCUGCUCUCUCCCUGAACUCUCCGUGAAUGAAUACACCGCCCGCUGUCAAGAGAGCAGAGGACACAGAAACAAGCAGGCCUGGGAAAUGUGGCGCUUCUCCCUGCUGGUGCCAGCCCUGCUCUGUGGGGUGGGAGGCUCCGUCCCCAUCCCUCAGAAGCUCUUUGGGGCAGUGACUUCCCCUCUGUACCCCAAACCUUACCCCAACAACUAUGAAACAACCACUAUCAUCACAGUGCCCCCAGGAUACAGGGUGAAGCUCGUCUUCCAGCACUUUGACGUGGAGCCUUCUGAGGGCUGCCUCUAUGACUAUGUCAAGAUCUCUGCAGAUAAGAAAAACCUUGGGAGGUUCUGUGGGCAGCAGGGGUCCUCCCUGGGCAACCUUCCAGGGAAGAAGGAAUUUGUGUCAAAAGGGAGCAAGAUGCUGCUGACCUUCCACACAGACUUCUCCAAUGAGGAAAAUGGGACCAUCAUGUUCUACAAAGGCUUCCAGGCCUACUAUCACGCCGUGGACCUCGACGAAUGUGCUUCCCAGAGCAACUCAGUGGAGGACGACCCCCAGCCCCGCUGCCAGCACCUCUGUCACAACUAUGUCGGUGGCUACUUCUGUUCCUGUCGUGCAGGCUACGAGCUUAGCGAGGACGGACAUUCCUGCCAGGCUGAGUGCAGUGGCCAGCUGUACACAGAGCCAUCGGGCUACAUUGCCAGCCUGGAGUACCCCCGGCCAUACCCUCCGGAUCUGCGCUGCAACUACAGCAUCCGGGUGGAGCGGGGCUUCACCUUGCACCUCAAGUUCCUGGAACCUUUUGAGAUUGAUGACCACCAGCAAGUACAUUGCCCCUAUGACCAGCUUCAGAUCUAUGCCAACAGGAAAAACCUAGGCGAGUUCUGUGGGACACAGAGGCCUCCUGCCCUAGACGCCAGCAGCAAUGCGGUCGACCUACUGUUCUUCACUGAUGAGUCAGGGGACAGCAGGGGCUGGAAGCUGCACUAUACCACAGAAAUCAUCAAGUGCCCGCAGCCCAAGCCCCUAGACGAGUUCACCGUCAUCCAGAACCCUCAGCCGCAGUACCAGUUCCGGGACUACUUCAUUGUCACCUGCAAACAAGGCUACCAGCUCAUGGAGGGGGACAAGGCACUGGUGUCCUUCUCAGCUGUCUGCCAGGAUGAUGGCACAUGGGAUCGUACCAUGCCCACGUGCAAGAUCAGGGACUGCGGGCAGCCCCGAAGCCUGUCUAAUGGGGAUUUUCGUUACAUCACCACCAACGGGGUGAACAGCUACAAGUCCCAAAUCCAGUACUACUGCCGAGAACCAUAUUACAAGAUGAAGAUCCGAGCCAGCAGCAGCGAGUCAGACAGGGGGCUGUUCACCUGCACCGCCCAGGGCAUCUGGAAGAACAAGCAGGAUGGGGAGAAGAUCCCUCGGUGUUUGCCAGUGUGUGGGAAGCCCGUGCACCCCGUGGAAGCGAAGCAGCGCAUCAUCGGUGGGCAUAGAGCCAAGAUGGGCAACUUCCCCUGGCAGGUGUACACUGAGCUCCCUGGCCCUGGGGGUGGAGCCCUGCUGGGGGACCGCUGGAUCCUCACUGCUGCCCACACUGUGUACCCCAAGGAACAAACUGGACAGGGCAGUAACCACACCAGAAAUGUGUUAAUGGGCCACACAGUUAUGAAACAGCUCAGGGAACUGACAAACCACCCUAUCCGCACAAUCAGAAUCCACCCAGACUACCACCAGGAUCAGCCCCACAAUUUUGAUGGGGACAUCGCUCUGUUGGAGCUGAAAAAUAGUGUCACCCUGGGCCCUAACGUUCUCCCUAUCUGCCUCCCCGACAAUGAGACCUUCUAUGAGGAACGCCUCAUGGGCUACGUCAGUGGCUUCGGGUUAACAGAAGAUCGGCUUCCCGAUAGCCUCAGGUAUAUUCGUGUGCCUGUAGCUGAGCGAGAGGCCUGUGAGAAAUGGCUCCAGAGCAAAAACAGAGAUGAUGUGUUUUCUCGAAACAUGUUCUGUGCAGGGGGCCUGCAUUUGAAGCAGGAUGCCUGCCAGGGCGACAGUGGAGGUGUUUUUGUAAUGAAAGACCACAACAAGGAUCGCUGGGUGGCCACGGGCAUCGUGUCCUGGGGCAUUGGGUGUGGCUAUGGAUAUGGUUUCUACACCAAAUUACUCAACUAUGUGGACUGGAUCAAGAAAGAGAUGGGUGAGGAGGAAGCCUAAGCCCAGGAUUCUACAAGUCAGAAUCCAGUGUACAAGCCAGGCACGGUGGUACACGACUGAAAUCCCAGCACUUGGGAGGCUGAGGCAGGAGGAUCCUUGUGCAUUCAAGA